AUGGUCGGCAAGAUCCGCCUGCUGCUGUGGCUCGGCGCGGCCCGCUGCACGGCGCUGGUGACGACCAGCAACCGCGCCGCGAUGCCGCGCCGCGGCGUCGCGCUCCAGGGCUGGCUCGACGCCUUUUUGCCGGCGCCGAUGACCGACGAGGAGUUCGAGGAGGACCGGCGGUCGCGCUGGCCCGAGCAGUACGCCGCCGUGCUCGACGAGUGGGCGGAGCCGUUGGCCUCCGACGACGCGCUCCUAUCGCGGCUCCGGCCGCUGCUCGCGCGGAACCAGCUGACGACGCGGGCGCUCGAGCUGGCCUACGACGCGGAGCGCGACGGCUGGAGCGCCGAGGCCUUCCACCGGGGUUGCGACGGGCGCGGGGCCUGCGUCGUCUACGCGAAGACGGAGGACGGCGAAGAAAUCGGCGCCUACAACCCCAAGGGCUGGGCGUCGAUGGGCAACGCGCAGGGCAGCAAAAGAGAGCGAAAUUCCCAACUUCAAAGGCUCCUCUCUCGGCCGUUUCCCACUCGCAACGCGCGGCCGUCGCCCGCGGCCUUCCUCUUCCUACUGCGCGACGGCGGCGAGCCGCUCAAGCUCCGGAGCGCGUCCCACAUCGGCUGCAACUCCAUCUCGUCCGACGCGCCGGACCGCGGCAUCGACUUCGGCGUCGAGGGCCUGUGCAUUCCCCUCCGCGCGUCCGAGGACCGCGGCCCGGGCUCGGAGCGGCGCGCGUUCUCCAAGCUCGGCGUCUACUACGAGGGCGAGGGCGCGCUCUGGGGCGCCGGGCAAACGACGGCCCUCGCGGAGCUCAAGGUCUUCGCGGGCGUCUACGCGCCGGGCGAGGAGUACCCCUACGCCGGCGCGCUAAUCGAUCCCAUGGCCGCCGCGGUGCGCCUCGUCGACGACGGUAUGAAAGCGCCGCCGCAAAACACCGCGCCGCCAGCAGUCAAACCCUACAAACCCGUCUGCGCGGCGAACAACGCGGCCUACGCCGCCGCGAACGUCCAGGCCGCGUCGCGCAGCGUCUGCGACGCGCUCGCCGCCGCGGGCGUGGCCCUCGUGCACGACUUCAUCAGCGCCGACGAGGAGGCGGCGCUCCUCGAGACCGUCGACGGCGGCGCGUGGGAGGGCACGCUGUCGCGGCGCGUGCAGCACUACGGGCACCGCUUC